GACAUCAUAAACGACUGUGACAAGUAUGGUGCUCCUGCCCUUUCCACCUCGUUUCUUUUGUCCUUAUAUUCAAAUCCGCAGCACAUUUCCGUGCCGUCUUCCCGCGGCCGCUCUGGUUCUCAUGAUAUGGUUGCAGUGUGAAAUGCUCUCAUCAAACUAACCACAUUCACAAAAGCUUCCCGUACAUCGACCUGGCCACAACCCCUUACAACGAGCCGCCCUCACCACACAUCUACUACGAGCUCGUCCUGCCCGGCAGCGACACCCAGGCUCAUGGCUACAUGACGCCGUCCGUCGUCGAGGCGAUGCCCUGGACGCCAGACUUCUCCGUGAGCCUCCCGCACGAGCGGCCGCGGCGGGUGACUCUGCUCGACAGCUCCGGCGGCACAGACACGGCGGCCGCCUGCAACGCGGCCUUCCUCAAGCUCGUGCUCGCCGCGAGGGAGCGGAACGUGUUCCAGGCCCUCGCGUCGAAGCGCAUCGACGAGCACUUCCGCGUCAUGGGUGUCGCCUAUCCCGCCAUGGUUCACCUGCCCCGGUCCGCGACCGCCCUCUUCGGCAUCGCCAACCGCGGGGCGCACAUGACCGCGUACACGCGGGACCCGGCCACCGGCGACAUCAGGAUGUGGGUGCCCCGCCGCAGCGCCCACCUGCGCACCUGGCCGGGCAAGCUCGACAACUCGGUCGCGGGCGGCGUCCGCGCCGACGAGUCCCCGCUCGAGUGCAUCGUCCACGAGGCCGACGAGGAGGCGUCCCUGGACCCGGCGCUCGUCAGGGACAAGGUGCUGCCGUGCGGCGCCGUGUCGUAUGUGUCUCUGAGCGGCGCGGGAUCCGGUGGGGAGCACGGACUAAUCUCCCCGGACGUCCUCUACGUCUACGACCUUCAACUCCCUUCCACGGUCGUCCUCUCGCCCCAGGACGACGAGGUAGAAGCCUUCUACCUCUGGGACAUGGCCCAGGUCAAGGCCGCCCUGUUCGCGGGGGAGUUCAAGACAAACUGCAACCUCGUGCUCAUCGACUUCUUCGUCCGGCACGGCAUCAUCACCGAGGACAACGAGCCAGACUACCUCGAGAUCCUGAGCAGGCUGCACAGGAAGCUCCCCGUGCCUACUUCUCCUCCUCCUCCUCCUCGACCUGCUGCCUAACGAAGCUUGGGGGGUGGGGUUUGAUGAUGCUGGUCAUGUGAAUGAUUGAAGGGGACUACGUCGAAAGGAAUCACGCAUGACAAGGAGAAAGUCUGAUUCGCUCGUCUCAGCGUGUGAACAGAAGAUUUAAUGAUCACAAAGGACGACUCAGAUGAAAUAAAGGCUGCUACUUGAAUCAUUCUUGUUGGGGAACUGGACGGGAAGUCUUUCAGUUCUACUUCAAUAGGUGAUAUCCUAAUAAUAAAAAACACAAAAAACACAA